CUUCCUCCAUUUCUUUAGCAAAAAUAUCGGAGGACGAAAGCAAAGGGAGAAGAACCAAUAACCAAAAGAUAAACCUUGUUUUUUCUUUCUUUCUGUAUUUAAACAUUUUUAUUCUUUUUUUCUUCUGAGGAUCGAGAAACAUGGAGGGUAUAGAGAGAGCUCGGAAUCCGAGCAAGAGAACAGGGCAUAGUAGCAUCGGAAGGAGCCUCAGCAGGAGUAGCUGGAACAUGGAAGACGUGUUUUCAGCCGGUUCGACACGGAGUAGUCGUGCCCAAGACGACGAGGAAGCUCUAAAAUGGGCUGCUAUCGAGAAACUACCCACGUACGAUCGCCUCCGAACCAGCAUCAUGCAGUCCUUCGUGGACCAGGAAAUCAUCGGUAAAAAGGUGGAACAUAGAGCAGUUGAUGUCAGAAGCCUUGACAUCAACGACAGACAAAAGUUCAUCGACUUGCUCUUCAAAGUUGCCGAGGAAGAUAAUGAAAAGUUCUUGAAGAAGUUCAGAAACAGGAUCGAUAAAGUUGGGAUUCAACUUCCGACGGUAGAAGCUAGGUUCAAGAACCUGACGAUAGAAGCCGACUGUUUCAUCGGCAGUCGAGCUCUUCCGACACUUCCGAAUGCUGCCUUGAACAUUGUAGAAUCGGCUCUUGGCUUGUUCGGUAUCCGAUUCGCCAAGCGAACAAAUCUCACCAUCCUCAAAGAUGCUUCUGGGAUUAUUAAACCAUCAAGGAUGACACUCUUGCUAGGCCCACCUUCUUCUGGGAAAACAACCCUUUUGCUUGCCUUGGCCGACAAGUUGGACAAAAGCUUAAGGGUUAGAGGAGAAGUGUCAUACAACGGAUAUAAACUAAAUGAGUUUGUAGCUAGAAAGACAUCUGCAUAUAUCAGUCAAAUUGAUGUUCAUGUUGGAGAAAUGACAGUGAAAGAAACAUUCGAUUUCUCGGCAAGAUGUCAGGGUGUCGGGACUCGAUAUGAUCUGUUAAGUGAGCUAGCUAGAAGGGAGAAGGAUGCAGGGAUUUUACCAGAAGCUGAAGUAGACCUUUUCAUGAAGGCAACUUCAGUGCAUGGAGUUGAAAGCAGCCUUAUUACUGAUUACACACUAAAAAUAUUGGGGCUUGACAUAUGCAAGGAUAUCAUUGUUGGUGAUGAUAUGCACCGUGGAAUUUCGGGAGGUCAAAAGAAAAGAGUAACUACAGGGGAGAUGAUUGUUGGUCCAACCAAGACACUUUUCAUGGAUGAAAUAUCGACUGGUCUCGAUAGUUCGACGACAUACCAGAUAGUGAAGUGCUUGCAGCAGAUUGUGCACCUAACAGAGGGCACAAUCUUGAUGUCCUUGCUGCAGCCUGCUCCAGAGACUUUCGAUCUCUUUGAUGAUAUCAUCCUCUUAUCUGAGGGCCAGAUCGUGUAUGAGGGUCCACGAGAGCACGUCGUUGAGUUCUUCGAGAGCUGUGGUUUCAAAUGUCCUGAGAGAAAAGGAACUGCUGACUUUUUGCAGGAGGUUACCUCAAAGAAGGACCAAGAGCAAUACUGGGCAGAUAAGAGGAAGCCAUACAGAUACAUAUCAGUACCUGAAUUCGUAAGCAGGUUCAAGCGCUUCCACGUAGGAAUGCAGCUAGAGAGUGAGCUCACCGUCCCUUUCGACAAGUCAAGAGCUCACAGAGCUGCAUUGGCCUUCCAUAAAUACUCGGUCUCCAAAAUGGAGCUUCUUAAGACCUGUUGGGACAAAGAAUGGCUACUGAUCAAGAGGAAUUCUUUUAUUUAUAUUUUCAAGACGAUCCAAAUUGUCAUCGUGGCGAUCAUCGUGUCCACAUUAUUUUUGAGGACUGAAAUGGACACUAGGAAUAUUGAAGAUGCACGACUCUUUGUUGGUGCACUUAUAUUUGGAAUGAUCAUCAACAUGUUCAAUGGUUUUGCUGAGCUCUCCCUCAUGAUCAGUAGACUUCCAGUAUUCUACAAGCAAAGAGACCUUUUAUUCCAUCCUGUCUGGACUUUCACCCUACCCACUUUCCUGCUCCGGGUUCCGAUAUCUAUUAUGGAAACUGUCGCUUGGAUGGUCGUAACAUAUUACACUAUCGGAUAUGCACCUGCGGCCAGCAGGUUUUUCAAGAACUUCCUGCUGGUGUUUUUAGUACAACAAAUGGCAGCUGCUCUCUUUCGGUUUAUUGCUAGCGUAUGCAGAUCAAUGAUGAUUGCUAACACCGGCGGGACUCUUACUCUUCUACUCUUGUUCAUGGUCGGAGGUUUCAUCGUUCCGAAAAAUCAAAUUCCAAGCUGGUGGGAGUGGGCUUACUGGGUUUCACCUUUGACUUAUGGUUUCAACGGUUUUACCGUGAACGAAAUAUUUGAUUCGAGGUGGAUGAACAAACCGGCUUCAGACGGUUCGCCGAACUUGGGGCAACAAGUGCUCCGAAGCUUUGAUGUUCCGAACAAUGAAAACUGGUAUUGGAUUGGUGCAGGCGCUCUUCUGGGGUUCACGGUGCUUUUCAACGUUCUCUUCACCUUCGCUCUCAUGUAUCUAAAUCCCCUUGGAAAGCCACAGGCUAUAAUUUCGGAGGAAACAGCACAAGAGCUGGAGGAUGAACAGGCUUCGAAUGAAGAACCAAGGUUAAUGAGACCAGAAUCGAGCAGAAAUUCGAUCUCUGCAGGCUCUAGCAAUGAACAAGAAAUGGCAAUCCGGAGAACGAGCAAUCGAGCCAAUUCCCAUGAAAUCAACAGGAAUGAUUCUUCGAUUGAUGCUGCCACUGGUGUUGCCCCGAAGAGAGGAAUGGUUCUUCCCUUCACUCCUCUAGCAAUGUCCUUCGACAAUGUCGAUUACUUUGUUGAUAUGCCGCCUGAAAUGAAGGCACAAGGAGUCGGUGAGGACAGGUUACAACUACUUCGAGGCGUAACAGGUGCAUUCCGGCCCGGAGUGUUGACGGCAUUGAUGGGCGUCAGUGGAGCAGGAAAGACAACGUUGAUGGAUGUUUUAGCAGGAAGAAAAACCGGUGGAUACAUCGAGGGUGAUAUCAAAAUAUCUGGAUUCCCUAAGAACCAAGAAACCUUUGCAAGAAUUUCUGGAUACUGUGAACAAACUGAUAUUCACUCCCCACAAGUUACGGUCCGAGAAUCCUUAAUUUACUCGGCUUUCCUCCGACUUCCGAAAGAAAUCAAUAGUGAGGAAAAGAUGGUAAGUGCUUUGAUUUGCACGUGUUUCAGUGAAAUCAAGCAUGGCAUUAAGUCAUUAACAAUUUACGUAAUGCUCAAAACGUCAUUUGUUGUUAUCUUUCAGAUUUUUGUGGAUCAAGUGAUGGAACUAGUAGAACUAAACAAUGUGAAGGAUGCCAUAGUAGGGUUGCCUGGAGUCACAGGGUUGUCAACAGAGCAAAGAAAGAGAUUGACGAUAGCGGUAGAGCUCGUUGCCAAUCCCUCGAUCAUUUUCAUGGAUGAACCCACAUCCGGACUUGACGCAAGGGCAGCAGCCAUUGUCAUGAGGACUGUCAGAAACACCGUGGACACCGGAAGAACGGUUGUCUGCACCAUUCAUCAGCCUAGUAUUGAUAUCUUUGAAGCCUUUGAUGAGUUGUUACUGAUGAAGAGAGGAGGCCAGGUGAUUUACGCAGGACCAUUAGGCCGGAAUUCUCAGAAGAUCAUCGAAUAUUUUGAGUCAAUUUCUGGAGUUCCCAGAAUUAAGGAUAAGUACAAUCCAGCAACAUGGAUGCUAGAAGUGAGCUCUAUAGCAGCUGAAUCUAGGCUUGGAAUUGAUUUUGCUGAUCACUAUAAAUCAUCUUCCUUGUAUCAGAGAAACAAGGCCUUAGUAAAUGAGUUAAGCACACCACCACCAGGAGCUACAGACCUCUAUUUUGCCACUCAGUUCUCACAAAAUUCAUGGGGUCAGUUCAAAUCAUGCUUUUGGAAACAAUGGCUGACUUAUUGGAGAAGUCCAGAUUAUAACCUAGUCAGAUACUGCUUCACGUUGGUCGCUGCUCUCUUGGUCGGUUCUAUUUUCUGGCAAGUCGGCUCUCAAAAGUCCAGCUCAAGUGAUCUUUCGAUGGUGAUUGGGGCGAUGUAUGCUGCAGUCGUAUUUGUUGGAAUUAAUAACUGCUCAACAGUACAGCCAGUAAUAGCCAUCGAAAGAACGGUGUUCUAUCGUGAAAGAGCUGCUGGGAUGUACUCUGCAUUACCUUAUGCCCUCUCACAGGUGUUUUGUGAAAUACCUUACAUAUUUUUCCAAACAACAUACUACACACUUAUAGUGUAUGCUAUGGUGAGCUUUGAAUGGACUGCGGCAAAGUUCUUCUGGUUUUUCUUUAUCAACUUCUUCACCUACCUUUACUUCACGUACUACGGAAUGAUGGUUGUUUCGAUCACACCGAACCACCAAGUAGCAGCUAUAUUUGCCUCGGCUUUCUAUUCGGUCUUCAAUCUGUUCUCCGGUUUUUUCAUUGCAAGACCGAGUAUUCCCGGUUGGUGGAUCUGGUAUUACUGGAUUUGCCCCGUCGCAUGGACCAUUUACGGACUCAUUGUGUCACAAUACGGCGAUUUGGAUGACCCCAUUUUCGUACCCGGCGACCAACGUAACUUUACAAUUAAAUCAUACAUCGAUCAUCAAUAUGGCUUCGAGUCAGACUUCAUGGGGCCGAUUGCCGGAGUCCUGGUUGCCUUCGCCGUGUUCUUCGCCUUCAUGUUUGCCUACUGCAUAAGGACACUCAAUUUCCAGAACAGAUAAACAGGAUUUAUGCAGGAAAUUCUUGUUCAAGCCACUGUGUUUUGAGUGACCCUUGUACAUCCAAAUACGGUUUAUUAUUAAUUUCUACGAAUUUAAGA